AUGGAACAAGGAAAAAGUGAUUCAAAUGAGGUAAAUGAUAACAACGAGAAUGUGCAUCAAGACCUAUCUCCGUCUAGUUUAAAUGAAGUCAUGAUUCCUAAGAUUGGAAUGACUUUUUUAUCUGAAGAUGAAGUUCGUAAUUUUUAUAAAUCCUAUGCUCAGAAUGUUGGUUUCGGUAUUUCCAAAUUAGGUGGAAAGAAGGGAGAUGAUGGAAAGCAAAAAUAUUUUUGUUUUGGAUGUGCCAAAAGUGGUAAAACAGUAUCUCAAGGAAAAAAUGCUUUGUACCCUAGACCUUCUACUAAGACGAAUUGCAAAGCUAAGAUUAAUGUUGUUAUUCGGAAUGAUGAUAACUUUGUGAUAAAUAGUGUAUCUCUUGAACAUAAUCAUGUCUUGAGCCCGGGAAAGUCACGACAUUUUAGAUGUAAUAAAUUAUUGGAUUCAACUACAAAGAGGAAACUUGAAUUAAAUGAUCAAGCAGGAAUAACUUUAAGUAAAAGUUUUCAUUCAUUGGUAGUUGAGGCUGGAGGCUAUGAGAAUUUGUCAUUUGAUGAGAGAAAGUGUAGGAAUUUUAUUUCAGAAGCUAGAAGGUUGAGGUUAGGGGAUGGAGAUGCUGAAGCCUUGAGUAAUUAUUUUUGCCGCAUGCAAAGUCGGAACUCAAACUUCUUUUAUGUGCUUGAUUUAGAUGAAGAAUCUCGAAUAAGAAAUGUUUUUUGGGCAGAUGCAAGAUGUAGGGCUGCAUAUGAUUACUUUUCUGAUGUCGUGACUUUUGAUACAACUUAUUUAACUAAUAGUUAUGACAUGCCAUUUGCUCCUUUUGUUGGGGUGAAUCAUCAUGGUCAAUCCAUUUUGCUUGGAUGUGGAUUAUUAUCAAGUGAAGAUUCAGAAACAUUCAUAUGGUUGUUCAAAUCUUGGCUGACAUGUAUGCUUGGACGUGCUCCAAAGGCCAUAAUCACAGACCAAUGUCGUGCCAUGGCAAUUGCUAUUGAAGAGAUAUUUCCGAAUUCUCAUCAUCGUUUGUGUCUUUGGCAUAUAAUGAAAAAACUACCAGCAAAGUUAGGUGGUCAUGCUCAAUAUAAAAUGAUAAAGAAACAAUUGAAGAAUAUUGUUUACAACUCGCUUACUGUUGAUGAAUGUGAUGAGAGAUGGAUGACAAUGAUUGAGCAUUUUAAUUUGGAGAACAAUGACUGGUUGAAAUCUUUGUAUGAACAAUGGAAUAAAUGGAUACCUGUGUACGUCAAAGACAAGUUUUGGGCAGGUAUGUCCACAUCUCAAAGGAGUGAAAGUAUGAAUGCUUUUUUUGAUGAAUAUGUUCAUUCCAAAACUUCUUUGAAGCAAUUUGUUGAACAGUAUGAUAAUGCUCUGAAAAAGAAGAUUGAAAAAGAAAAACAUUUGGAUUUUGGUUCAUUUAAUUCAAUGAUACCGGUAAUUACUGGUUAUCCUAUUGAAAGACAAUUUCAAAGUUUCUACACUAACAACUUAUUUAAGUUGUUCCAAGAUGAGAUAAGAGGGUUGAUGUUUUGCAAUACCUCACUAGUGAGGCAAGAAGGGGUUGCUUUUAUAUUUGAAGUGGUAGAAACUUUGUUGGGAAAAAAUGGAGACCCUAUAAGAGAUGCUUCCUUCAGGGUACACUAUACCGAGUUAGAUUGUCAAGUUAAGUGUCUAUGCCAUCUUUUUGAGUUUCGUGGAAUUUUAUGUAGGCAUGUGAUCUCUGUAUUGAUACGAAUGAAGGUGAUUGAGGUUCCUAUGAAUUAUAUUAUGGAUCGAUGGCGCAAAGAUAUUAAGCGUGGUUAUCAAAGUAUCACUAAUAUUUAUGAUGAAUAUGUUUGUGAUGAAGAAAGACAUCGGUAUAAUAUUCUCACUCCAUUGAUACAAGAGGUUCAACAACUUGGAGCAAAUAAUGAUGACAGUUGUUCUAUUUUGGUUAAAAUCUUAAAAGAUGCGAAGGAAAAAUUGAUUGCUAUUCAGACAGAUCAUUCAAGGGCGGACCAACUGAAAGAAGCAUCUACAUCGAGUUCAAAAACAAUACACUCUCCAUUAAAAGUACGAUCUCGAGGUUGUCCACCCACAAAGAGGAAACAAUCUAAGAUUGAACAAAUUGUGAAGAAAUCAGUUGCAAAGGCCAGAAAAAAGGUCAUCGAGGGCCCAACGGUGAGUGUAGAAGAGCUCACCAACAUGGAAAAUGGCAAGCAUGAUUCCCUUAUUAUCCAUGAUGAACAACUUACCAAAACCUUUUUCUCUUGCUGUGCAAAAAGCAACCCAAGGAGAAAUGCUGCUUCAGGCGAUGAUUGGAGAUUUGCCUUUGCCGCCGGCACAAAAGGACCAGUCAAUGACUCUUUCAAGAGUUCACCCAAAUCAAAAAGUGUCGAUAGCCGUGGUAGUUCUCGAUACAGUGACCCGGCCCAAAAUGGUGAGACCAGUCUGAAUUCUGAUAGUCGACGGACACCAGACAGAUUACCUCCACAACCACCACACUAA